GAUAUGUGUUAUGCUUCAUCUCAAAUAAUAAAUACUGUCAACAAACGCUGCAAAAAAAGUGAAAAAAAUGCAAAUAAUUGAAAAGUAAUGUUGUUGCUCUAACAAAAAUAUUUUUGUGUGUCAUUUAGACAGAUCAUGUGGUCACGGUUUCGUGUCGGUCUUUCCCGUUAUAUUAUAAACGCGACAGUUCGUUUAUCAAUUAUUUUAGGUGUACUACCUUAUGGUUAUAACGCGCGACGCAAACGGAUUGUGGCAAAAAAUUAUUGCCUCAUCUACAGUAUCCUUAUAGAUGUGGUUCUAAUUGCGCUGAUUCUGUACAAAUGUUACAGAGAAGUGCGUGUGUACUGGGAUAAUAUAGCCGAGUGGUCGCUAAUGAUGGCACUUAGUCAACUAGUUAAUUUGGCGCAUUUGUAUAGCCACUUUGCAAUACUGUGGACCAACUGGAAGGAGUACGACUCUGUGCUGGACAUGUUCAAUGAGUUUGCGACCAUGGAGCAGUCAUAUUUCGCAAAGCAUAACAUUUUAUGCGACAAUUGUGCGACAUUUCACAAUUACCUGGCAUGGUGGACGUUUGUUAUGCUCUUGAAUAAUAUAGUAUUUUUUUAUAUAAUACGCGAUAAAUUCACGAGAAUCAGCAUAUAUAUGCUGAUCUCAUUUUUCAUCAUAGUUAUUCCAGUUAAUGUGCUUUUGGUGGCCGUGUUGCAAUUUUACACGGUUGUAUUGAACAUUUAUCGCAACAUUUGGACACUGCAACAGCGUUUGAUAUAUUUGUCCAGUUGUGGCUUACAACGGGUGAACGUCGAUAACUUAAUGCGUGAAAUCGAAGAAAUCGUUGUUGUCUAUAUGCGUUUACAGCGGCUAUCCGAGAGAAGCAAUAGUAUUUAUGGCAAACAGGUUUUCCUCUACAUCAACGCCAUUGUAGGCGAUAAUACCACAAAGACGUUUCUGUUGCUCUUGAUUUGGAAAGGCACCGAUUUUUCAUGGAACAACGUAUAUGUGUUUUAUCUCAUUGUCAUAAGUACCGUAGAAUUUUGGUUAAUCAUAGCCGCUUGUGAGUUGACUUUAAACGCCGCAUAUGACUUCUCGCAGCUGUUGAGGUCCUUCAAUGAGU